UUGUCCGUUCUCCUCACCACUGUUAACAAAAUGCAGACGUUAAAACGUGUAUAAUUGAGUUACCUAUUGUAUUACUUCUAUACAAAUUUUAUUUUACACGUUUGAACCGUUAUUUUGAAAGCACUGAAAUUGACUUCCGGUGAUGUUGCGUUAAAGUUACCAGAGGCUGCGCCAGUGAGUACUUGUCGAAGGUUUGGAGAAGUUAACGCACUUCAAUAAUGAUGGCAUCGAGUUUCAGGGACUGCAAGGCAUGGAGUGCAGAAUGUCUUCCAUUGUCCACCAGCAGUAAUGAGGCUUGUAAACUAUAUGACGCCAUACUCACUCAGUAUGUGAAAUGGCGGAAUGAUGAAACCGUGGGAGGAUUUGAAGGAUGCAUUUCUGCUAUCCAGACAGCUGAUCCCAACUUUGUCAUGGGUCAUGUGAUCAGCACGGGGCUGGAGCUGGUGUCAACAGCAACCUCCGCCCGUACCAACGAGCGCCUGGCCAGCGAUGUGAGGCGAACAGUGGAGCUGGCCAACAGCCAGGUCCUCUCUCCCAGAGAGAGGCUCCAUGUCGAGGCCAUGGAGCAGUAUUCACACGGAUGUUUUAGAAAGGCCUGUGAUGUAUGGGAGGACAUCCUGGUGGAUCACCCCACUGAUAUGCUGGCCCUCAAGUUUGCCCAUGAUGGCUACUUCUACAUUGGAGCCCAGGCCCAGCUUAGGGAUUCUGUGGCCAGGGUGCUGCCCUACUGGAAGCCACACAUGCCUUUCUACAGCUAUCUGAAAGGACUGUAUUCCUUCGGUCUCCUGGAGACUCGCUCCUAUGACCAGGCUCUGAAAGUAGCCAUGGAGGGCCUCGCUCUGACUCCGGACGAUGCCUGGUCCGUUCACUCUGUAGCCCAUGUUUAUGAGAUGACCGUACAAGUGGACAAAGGCUUGAAAUUCAUGGAAAGUAGAGAGAAAGACUGGCAGGGAGCUGACGUGCUUGCCAGUCAUAACUAUUGGCAUUGGGCUCUAUACUUCAUCGAGAAGGGGCAGUACGAAGCCGCUCUGCAAAUAUACGACACUCAGGUAUUCAGACGUUGCAAAACUACGGGAUCCAUGUUGGACACUGUAGAUGCCAGUUCAAUGCUCUGCAGACUGGAGAUGGAGGGCGUGUGCGUGGAGGACCGUUGGCGGGAGCUCUUCCAGGUAACACGGCCGCACACCGACGAUCACGUGACCUUGUUUAACGACGUCCACUUCCUCAUGGCAUCGCUGGGAGCCAAAGAGAGCGGGACGUCUCAGCGUCUGCUGGAGGGCCUCCAGGAAUUGGCUAAAGAGCCAGGGGACAAUCAGCAGCAUCAGUUGGCGGGGGCUAUCGGUGUAUCAAUCUGUCAGGCCAUGAUGGAGUACAACCAGGGCAACUACAAUCGAAGCAUGGAAUUACUUUACCCGUUGCGCUACCGCAUGGUGGAGAUUGGUGGCAGUGAUGCACAGAGGGAUGUCUUCAAUCAACUGCUCAUUCAUGCAGCCAUGAAGUCUGAGAAUAAGCACCAUCAGAAGCUGGGAAGAUGUCUUCUGGUGGAGCGCGAUGCCAUGAAGCCCAACUCCCCUCUGACGGAUCGUCUGAUGCAGAGAGCGCUGGCUCUUCACAACUAGACCGAUCAGAGCGGUUCUCGUGCUAAUAACGUCAACACCAUAAUGUGAAGUGUUUACAUACAACUUGAUACAGCACUUCUUUCAAUGCUCUUUUAGAUGCAGACCUUUUUAAGCUUUGUAAGUGAACACAUUUAUACUUCUGAUCAAUAUAGAGCAGUGUAACUGUCACAUUUCAAUAUAAAUACUUUGGAAUACAAUCAAUACAGAAUGAAUAUACACUUUGAAUUUUGCAUGUGAUGACAUUAAAGUGCACUACACUUUUGUAGGCACGUUAAAAUAAGAAAUGUAUUCGAUGUCGCAGUGAUACAGUAGCAAUAAAAAAAAAGAUGCCCUUGCACAUGUCAAA